AUGGAAUUGUUUCGUGAGUAUGUCGGGUCGCUGAAGAAGUCUCGCGAUGAAGAAGAAACACGACGGGAACGGCGUCGCGUGCGUCGUCAGGAGCAGUUCCUUAGUACCCGCUCUAAUCGAGAGGAUCGUAAUCGGCAGAUUCUUUUCAGGGAUAUUCACACACUUUCAAAGUCCAACACUAUCGCGGAGUCGGAACUCGUCGAUUCUGUCUCUCAAGCUCUUUCGUGGUGGUACUCAAUAUGCGAUCACACCAUAGAGCACCAACUGCAGUGCGAGUUGGCGGUGCAGAGGACGAAAACUCACGAGGAAGAUUAUUUGAACUGUGUUCUUGAUCUUGAGAAUAAGUGUUCAGCGGUCGUCUUCGAUACCGAUGCAAGUCGAUGGGAAGAGGCAAAGAAUAUAUAUCUAGAGGCAGAGAAGCAGGCUCAGCAGGAGGCCGUACGGGAUGCCAUAAACAGUGUGAUGCAAUUAACAGAGCAGUGCAUAACCUUUCUCAGCGCAAAUGGACUGGAAAACGAUGAAGGGGGUUCGGGUACCUACUUGGACUCCAACAUCAUCGCACAACUCGUUUUAGACGAUGAAAUGUGGCCACAAGCGUGCGAGGGCGAUGUGGUGGUUUCAUCCCCCUGUUCACUGAUAAGCUUGCCUGCAAGUAAAGCAUUUAAAGCUAUUUUUCACCGGGAAACACCAUUUAGUAUGUCCUGCUCGGAGUUUUUGCAGCUUCUGCGCUUUGCAUACAAAGAAGAUAGUAACGAAAACUGUGUUACACGUUCCUUCUUUGAUGUCAGCAACCUUCCCAUUAUCGCUCUGAAUGGACCGAAGCUCAGUGGGAAAUCGAUCCUGGCCAAAUAUAUUGCGUCUCAUUGCGGGUUUUGUUGCGUCUCGGACAAGGACUUGGCGCAGAAGGCGCUGACCGCAUAUCAAAGAAAAAGUUCCUCUAACCCAGACUCCCAGCUCGAGGAGGAGCCCCCACAGACGGAAGAGGCGUGGUCAAACAUCGGCGCCACCUUGCAAGACUUGCUCCUCAGAGGCGACGCGGUGCCCUUCGCCGCCGUUGUCCAAAUGGCACACCUCCAGCUCAAGGACUUACACUCCGAGAAUUCGUCAGUCGACGGAACGAACGAGGCCGUUGGUCUCUUACUUGAUGGCAUCGUUACCUCGCCGGAGAUCUAUGAGCACUUGCAGACGGCUCUUCUACCCACCAGCGGUCUUUUAUACGAGCCCCUUGUCCGGUGCUGGUGUGGAUCUCUAUCAGAGCCGGACAAAACUCAGGAAACAGAAGAGGGAGAUCCGAUUCGAAACACGCUUCGGAUGCCAAAGCUCCCGGAAGAGCUUCCCACUGCGAAGGAAGGCAAAGAAAAAAUCUUCAGGCGCAGCGUCGGUGCCUCCACGCUGCCACCCCCGAUCCUACCGGCAGUUAUCGAUAUUUCAGAGGAAGUGAAGCGAGAGAUGACAUUUAUACAGAAGGCAACAUCUGAACUUGCUGAUUAUGCGUCCAUCCUUACGGCUAUCAUCCAAAUUGAAUGUUCUCCCGAGGAGUUGUUUAGGCGCUUCGCGGGGCUUCGAAUCGACCAAGAAAAUGGUGCCGAGUAUCAUAUGGUGUACAGCCCGCCACCGUCAAGCCGCGCGCCGUUUUUGGUAGGUCUGGAGCGCACGCAGGCGAACGCGGUGCGGCUUGCCGAUAUCGUGCUUCACCAACAGGCUGAGUGGUCGAAGAUGCGGUGCUGGCUCGCCAUGCAGUCGCAGCCUAAUCUGAUGUCGAGAGUGUAUGAAAUCAACGGCGAGGAAUCUAUUGAGGUCAUUCAGGGCCACAUUGACGGUAUUUUAUCGAGGAUUCGUGAAGGCUUCAUCGCGGCUCAGAACCUUUAUAGUGAUAUGAGGGCCUCCCAGUGUCGCGUGCACGCGCUAGAGGAGAAACGCGCAGAGCAACUAGCGGAAAGGGAGGCAAAACGGCAGCACCUCAUCUCUAUUUACACCGAAAAGGGCUUUGCAGUGCCUGUAGAACUGCAAAUCAACACGCACUCAAAUGAAUGCGGCGCUUCGGACGAGCUCAAGCCCCCGCGCGGCGUGUGCAGAGUCAUUCUGAAGGCCACCCACACCUUCACUCUGAGCUACGUGAGCACCUACGCCACGGCGUGGAAGUGCCUGAGAUCCCUGGCGAAGCAGGUCACGUUGUAUCGUAAGACUGUCAUGGAGGAAAUGCAGCGGUUCAUGUGCUUACCAGACGAUAAGCAGAGGAUAUUAGACAACUUUAUCCGGCAUUUCAAUGGUAUUACACCCUUGAUGCGUAGCGAAAUCGCCUUCAAGGAGGAGGCCCAUGUCAUGGUCGAGGAACUCGCGGAUAACCUUUUCAGAUGUGUAUCCGCAACGAAGAAACGAUGGCAGCAACUAAUAGGCACCAUUAUUCGGCGAGAUGCGUUCAUGGAGAGCUGGGAGAGUAGUCUGCGCAACGUCGGCGUCACUCUCGCGCAGGCGGAAACGGAGCGCUUUGUAACGGUGGUGCGUCUCUUCAACUUCUUCUUCAACGCUCAACUCGGGGAGGAGCCCGUUGUGGUAGAGGAAUUUGACUGGGAUGCCGCCUUUGCAUCGAUCAACACGCCCGAUUACUUAGAGGGCUCUGUGCGAAUCGAGAGGAAGAGAAUCCUGAAUCUAAAGAAGCCACACCCCGCCAACAUCAGCACCCACGCGUAUGGAAAGGUUGCGGAUGACGGAUCGGCCCGAUCCGCGCGCGAUACCUUCGACGAGGUGCUGCAGCGGGUGGUUGUCGCCCUCACGAGCUUUGCGGAUCGCUUCCGGCCAGCCAGCGACGCGGGGUUGAAAAAUCAGAAAAAAUCGACGACGUCGGGGACGGCGCGGGCCGAGGCUUUUGCCGCCCAUUGCGCCCCCCUUAUCGAGGCGGAAAUGACACGCACGCUGGAGCGGCUUUAUUGCAUCCGUGAUUUUGUCGGGAAUAUGGCAAGCCAGGGCGAGCAGUACCGCGCCAAGAUGCGGAAUAAGAUGUCCGAGGAGAUCACCGGGGCCGUCUACGCGGAGGCGUCCGCCGUGAACACGGCGUUGUACGUCCUGCGCUGCUGCAUUGAGGAUGAGAGUAAGGCGCCGCGGAUGCACCUGGGAUGCGGCACCUUCGCCGUUCUCGACGCCUCUGGCCAAUUGAUCGCGUAUCCCUCGCCGACCGCUCCCGCUAAGGCGCAUUACAAGAAUCCAAGCUUCAUCACCGACGUUCCCCUUUGCCAGGAGCUGCCGGAGAACACGCUCAAAGUGCACGCGGGGUUGACUUUUGGGCGCCUUAAGUAUCUUAUCGCGGGCUUUGCCGCGGUCGCCCCUCAGUAUCAGCUCGCGAAGAACGACUUUAUGCGCUUUGUGCGGGAGGAGGACUACGACUCAGUACCACGCAGCUUAUCUUCACCUCGGUCGGCGGGAACCUCGGUCAGGCAGACAAAGUCGACUUUGGCGCUCUUUCAAGAGUUUGACGUUCACCAGGCAGGUGUGAUUGACUGGCGCGAGUUCAUCGUGCAUCUGCUCUUCUGGUGUAAACCUCCUACUUCAAAGAGUGUGGCUGGUGUUUUUUUCAUACCAGACGCAACCAUCGAGGAGCUGCGGGAUAGCAAGCAAGCUCUUGGCGACGAACCGUUGGACAAGGACGCCUUUCAUGAAAAGACUCUUUUCUUUGCAAAGUAUUUGCCCAAAGACCGUCUAGAGGUCUACAUGGAGGCGUUAUGGUUGACUUUUCGUGAUGAACAGACGCAAACGCUCGUUCCAAUAACCCUGCUGUUGUUUCUGUGCGCAGACGUUCAGCGGAUACGCGGUGCCCAGAAGGCGAUAUGCGUAUCCGCGCAGAUGCCUGCGGAAACGCACGAGUUAGCCGUCACCCAGUCUGAGCUGGAGCGUGCCUUCCACAUCCUCUCCACAAACCCCCAGGCGCUCUCUCUCUACGAUCCUUUUUCAACUCGUAAUAUAGAACUCUUGUUCGCAUCGCAGGUGGGUGCCCCAACUGCCAUCUCAUUUCGCCAGAUGUGUGGUUGCCUUAUGGGCCGCAUGAUGCUGAAUAGCUCUAGUGCCUUUCAUCGCAAAUCCUUUACGGCCUAA